GAUAAAAUACAGUCUCAGCAGAGAGGAGACGUCCAAAGUGACGAGGAGCUGAGGAGAAAAACGGUCUCAUCACUCAUCUGCCGCAUAAACGACUGAGGAGAAACGAGUCUGCACUGAAAGACAAGAGACGAAGAUCUGGAAAAGAGGAGGAGGAGGGGAGGAGGAAAGGAGGAGACAACAAAGUUUCCUCAAACUGACUCACUGACGACGGAAACUAACAGAGCUAAGAAGGAAAAGGAGAAAGGACACAGAAAAGAGACAGAAGAGGAGAAAGAGACAGAGAAGUCGACAGAAGAGGACACAGCGGAGGAGACAGAAGAGGAGACAGAGACAGAGACAAAGAAGUCGACAGAAGAAGAGACAGAGGAGGAGACAGAAGAAGAGACAGAGACAGAGGAGGAGACAGAAGAGGACACAGCGGAGGAGACAGAGACAGAGAAGUUGACAGAAGAGGACACAGAGGAGGAGACAGAAGAGGAGACAGAGGAGGAGACGGAAGAGGAGACAGAGACAGAGACAGAGAAGUCGACAGAAGAAGAGACAGAGGAGGAGUCAGAGGAGGAGACGAAGACAGAGAAAGAGACAGAAGAGGAGACAGAGGAAGAGAAGGAGACAGAAGAGGAGACAGAGAAGGAGUCAGAGGAGGAGAAGAAGACAGAAAAGGAGACAGAAGAGGAGACAGAGACAGAGAAGGAGACACAAGAGGAGACCGAGAAAUAGACAGAAGAGGACCAAAGAGAAGGAGACGAGGAGACAAACAAUUCAAGCUGAGCUGAUAAAGGAGGAGCAGAUAUGCAGAGGUGCAUCAUGGGAAUGUCUUAGGUCCAUAAAGACACAGACGUGAACACCUUUGUCCUCUAGUUCCAACUCCACCACAUCCACCCAGCAUGCUGGCCAAGUUAUCCCAGGGAAGGAGCUCUGCGGGUGGGACAGGAGGGCUGCUGCUGCCCCCUGUGCUGCUGGGACUGAUGAUGAUGAUGAUGAUGAUGACGAUGAUGAUGAUGGCGGUGGAGGCAGCGAGUGUCGAUGACGUCGACAGCGAAGAGAGUCUGGAGAUCCUGGAUGAGGACGAGGCCGUGGACAUCCUGGAGCCGGCGUCCUCGGACGCGUCCAGACUGUCUCCUUUCAGCUCCUGGCUGAUCUUCAGAAGAAACUCCAACAAGGGGGAGAACCGGAGAAUCAAAGGGUCGAGGAGAACGUCCAAGCACGGCCUACCUGGACCUCCAGGACCUCCUGGACCUCCUGGACCUCCAGGACCUCCAGGACCUCCUGGACCCCUUGGGCCUCUGGGCCCCACCGCCCCCCUCUUACCCCAACAACAGGAGCUGAAACAGAGAGACAUAGUGGGAGGAGCCAGCGUCCUGUGUGAUCGUCCCCGUGUCUCCGCCUCUUUCGUCAGUCAUCUCCUGCAGCCAAUCACCAUUCAACGCCGCAGUCUGCUGGAGCUGCAGCCAUUCAGCGAGCCCUCAGACUCUGGGCGGAGCCUCCAGAGAGGUCACAGCUUCAACAGCAGCAGCGGCAGAUACUUGGUCCACGUCUCUGGAUUCUACCAGCUCACCUGCAGCCUCCUGAUAGAGUCGGGUGACAGAGUUCAGCUUCGCCUCAGAGACAGUGUGAGAGCAUCGAUCUGCAUCGAGUCGUUGUGUCAAAGUAACAUAGUCGGUGAUGGGCGUGGCUGCUGCUGGAGGAACCUUCAGCAUCCUUCUGACAGGAACUCUUUAUCUUCAGGCCGGAGAGUACGUCUCUGUGUUUGUGGACAACGCCAGCAGUUCGUCCCUCAGCGUCCUGCAGGACUCUCUGUUCUCUGGGAUCCUGCUCGGAGUGUGAGACACCAACAGAUGACAUCCGUCAGCAGGGUAGAGCAGGGGAGGGACAUUCAACAUCGUCCAGCUGUCUCUGAAUCCUCAAAGCCCAGAGCAGGACCAGACAGGACGUUUGGAUCCAAGCUGGUGUCGGACAUCAAGACCUGAGACCUGCAGCAACACAACAGGAGCAGACCUCAUGUACACAACUUAGACCUGGUUCAACGCUCACACAUCUGAGGAGCACGGAACAAACCUUCUCAUCUCCAUCACACUGAGUCACUUCCUGUCUGAAUCUUCAUUCACAAACACCAAGGACACAACUUUCACCCCUUCAGCUUCACCGUGUCAGAAACAGCUCAGUUUGUUUUUGUCCAAAUUCACUUCUGUCGACAGAGUUUAAAAAGGUUUGUCCUUCAAACAGAGAAGAAGAAAUCCACACAUCCAUGGACAGACAGAAGUGCAUCUUUUAUUUAAAUGACAAAUAUUCUAUAUUCAUGUUGAUAAUUCUAUUCAUGUUAAAACAGUGACCUCUUUCCUUUCUUUAAUGGAAACCUCCCUUUCCUCAGACUUUCCAUUGCUGCAGCUCCUCUUUUCAGCCUCUGCUCUCAGUUGACCCGACGUAGGAACGGGGCUUUUCGGACUCUGCGAUCUUUGUGUUAGCAUAAUGAGCGGCUAGCGGUCGGUCCACACAACACUUCCUGAUCUCGUCAUGUGACAUCAGGAGAAUGUAGAAGUGUGGGCAGGAUGACCUACCAGGCGUUAAGCACUGAACAAACGUCUUGUUUAAAGACGUGAAGAUGAGGACUUCAUCAGCCUGAAACUCUUGUGUCUUACUUUGCUCUGAAAUAAAAAGCUGAAUGUGUAAAUGCCUGCAAGGUUUCCCUCUAACUUCUACUAACUGACACAACCUGGCCCUGAGAGAGACGUUACACCAGGAGAAAGCUCAGCUGCUGGAGUUGAGUCACAUUUUCCAGGACUGGUGAACAAAGACGUCUGUGUUGAGCUGUAACGUCGUGAGAAACCUCAGCCGUCUACACAGAAGGAUCCUGACCGAGGCUGACUCUGGAAGUCUGCUCGGGGGUCUGAGCCCAGACAGCCUGACCACUGCCGAGUGGUUCACACGUUCACUGGAAGAACCAGAGGUCGUCUGUGCACAUGAAGGUGUGAAUCACAGGGAGUGAAUCCAUGAUGGUGAGUGGAUGAAGCCACAUGUGAUGGUGCUGAGAGAAACCUGCUGGAGCUGCACUUUGUUCUUCAUGUCGCAGAUCAGAACUGAAACAGAAUCAUCUCCGUACAGCUGCUGUGGAACCAUCAGUCUCUGUGGAGGAGUCAGAGCAGUCCGGUUUCCUGGAGCACCAUCUCGUGGACAUUAGAGGAACUGUGGUCAUCUUCUGGGGUCCACCUUUGUUCUGAUGAUAUUUUCAUAUUUAACAUGUUGUGAAUUCUUUAUGUUUUCAUGCCUUUUCUCCGCCCCCUGCUGGUCACAGACAGUCAUGUAGAUUUGACGCCUGACCUCAUUUUACUUUAAUAUGAAUAUUUAUUCUCUGGAUGUGAUAAACAUGUGCUGUGUGAAUAAUUAUGAUAAUAAAUAUAUUACUUUCCA